AGUCAGCUUUCGUCGGUCAAUGCAACAAGUCGCGGCAACAUUUCACUCAGGCAUAAGUGGCACUAUUAACCAUGGCAAAAAAUCCGCUCGUCGCAGUGAAAAGUUAGAAGGUCAGCGGAGAAAAGUAUCGGUGGCCAGAAUAUCAACGUUCAAAACGGCUGUUAGACCUGAGUUCACACUAAUACAGUGGUAUAUUUCAAGCAAUGCGUUGUCACGAUUUUGUUGACUUAUUUAUUUUGCACUCAACUGUUGAUUGGCGUUGCUAUUGAGUACUUUUAUCUAUACAAACAAGUACUUUGAUGCUUCCACAUUUAUGUGUUUGUUUGUGUUGUAUAAGGUUGCUAAUGUGUGCAUAUAGCAUGGGUUCAUUCAACUGCAACGAGUUAGCAUGUUAUCUUAGCGCUAAUAAAACAUUUCACCAACAACAACCGCAGUGAUUAAUUAUUUUUGUACGUAAAAGUAAUUUUCUUCGAAUUUCUUUGUGUGAUUUUCAGUGCUAUAUGGCACAAAUGCAUCGGCAUAUGAGAGUCAGCCUAGACGCUCAUAUGGUGUCUAAAUUUGUGCAAUAAAAAGGCCGCCGUAAAGCAGGCUCAGCGAAUUGGCGCAAUCAUCAUCGCAACACAGCCGUUGGCGCAAAUUAUGACAAAACCUAUAGAGACACACAAACAAACAUACAUUUCAAACAGCUACCAGAAAAGUGGCAAACAUUUAAGCGCACACAAACACACACAUGCGAGUAUGACGUAGAUGCAUGUGAGUAAGCGUUUCGCAAAGUAACGAAAAUCAAGCGUGUUAGUGACAACAACAACAAUACUAAGCAGCUCGAGAGUCACCAGCGCAGAAGUCGCGUUUUAGAGUGCAAUCGUUGCAAACAAGACAACAACAACAACAGCAUCAACCACAAAAUAAUAACCACUAACGGCAUAACAACAAACACGUUCCCCACAAAGCCAAAACCCAGAAACUAGGAUGGAUUCGACAACAGAUACCGGCUGCAGCGACUCGUACAACAGUUACGGUAAAUCACACUCCAGCGACACUUCGCUCAGCUACGCCAGCGACAUAAAUGCGAUCAGUGUGGAUUUGGGCGAUGGCGAUAAUAUCUCAUGCAGUGGCCUAAAGUAUCUGCCAACUUGGCCGGCGAUUAAUUUGCAAUUUCGGGACUUAAGCUACGAGGUCUACGAUGUACACACGAAGGCACGGAAACCGCUGCUGCGUGGCAUUAACGGACAGUUUCGUGCGCACGAGCUUACAGCCAUACUGGGCCCGUCGGGCGCGGGGAAAACGACGCUACUCAACCUACUGGCCGGCUAUGGCGCAAGGAAAACAUCCGGUGAAAUUUGCGUCAAUCACAGCCCGCGCGAUAUGAGAGUUUUUCGCAAAAUGUCACGCUACAUCAUGCAAAACGAUGUGCUGGAUCCACAUUUCACGGUGCUGGAGGCGAUGCUGCUGGCCGCGCACCUAAAGCUGGGCAAUGACUUGAGCCACGCGCAGAAGUUGGAAGUGAUCGAUGAGAUACUCCGCAUGUUGGGUUUGAAGAAAGUGCAAAACACCACCACACUGCGUCUCUCCGGCGGCGAAAAGAAGCGCUUGUGCAUCGCACUGGAGCUGGUGAAUAAUCCGCCGGUGAUAUUUCUCGACGAGCCUACCACCGGUCUCGAUGAUAUCUCAAGUUCGCAGUGCAUAUCUCUGCUGCGCGGUAUUGCGCAUCGCACGGGGCGCACCGUUAUUUGUUCAGUCCACACGCCAUCCGCUAAAGUCUUCGACAUGUUCGAUAAGGUCUACAUCUUAGCUAAGGGACAGUGUAUUUAUCAGGGUUCGGGUGCCAACAUCGUGCCUUAUAUGAAGCAUAUUGGUCUCACAUGUCCGCGUACUUAUAACCCGGCCGACUUUAUCAUUGAGGUUGCCUGCGAAGAAUAUGGUACCAACUAUCAUGAGCCAAUGGUCGAUGCUGUUGAAAAUGGUAAAGUCUAUCGCUGGACGCCACAUCGAGAACGCAGGCAAGUUAAGUCGGACGCAACGAACAAAUCAGACACAACAUCCGGUGCCUCGUCCUUCGAUGAGUUGGAGCAGUUCGAGGAGGAAAUCAAUCCGAAAUUGUUGAAGCAGAAAGCAUCGUGGUGGAUGCAAUAUAAACUGCUGCUGACGCGAAUGAUGGUGCAGAUGUGGCGCGAUAAGUCCUAUAUAAAGCUGCGAUUCUAUAUGAACAUCGUUCUGGCGUUGAUUAUUGGCAGCAUCUACAGAGGUGUGGGCGAUGAUGCCUCGAAGGCAUUCUUUAAUUUCGGUUUCGCUUUCACGAUAAUUAUUGCGUACUUAUAUCUGCCAAUGAUGCCAGUAUUAUUACAAUUUCCGACCGAGAUGAAGUUUCUAAAGCGCGAGUACUUCAAUCAGUGGUAUCACCUGAGUUCAUAUUACGCCGCAAUGAUUUCCUCCAAAUUGCCUUUUAUGUUCGUGCUGGCCGUCAUCUACCUUAUUAUGGUCUAUGUUAUGUCCAGUCAGCCCUUGGAGCUUUUCCGUUUUUGCAUGCUCUUUCUGAUAGCCUUUUUAACCGCUAUGACGUCGGAAAGUUUGGGUAUCUUAAUAUCGUCACACCUUAGUCUGGUGAAUGCCAUGUUCAUGGGCCCUGUUGUCGCUGUACCGCUUAUACUGCUCUCCUGUUAUGGCAUCGGCUAUGGCAAGUCGGUAUAUAUACACCCUGUAAUGCGCUACUUAAUGCAACUCAGUUACUUGCGUCACGGUAUGGAGGGUCUCGUCGCCGCUCUUUAUGGUUACGAUCGUGAGGAUCUACAUUGUCCGGAAACGGAAGUGUUCUGUAUGUUUAAGAAGUCGAAAUUCUUGCUUAUGAUUCUCGGUUUCGAAAAUUUGAACUAUGUCUUUUCGGUUGCUUGCCUCGUGCUGUUCUAUAUAAUAUUCACACUUGCUGCCUACUUUAUGAUUCGACAACGCCUCUCUCUCCGAACCUCAAACAAUGUGAUCGUGCAAUAUGCAAAGCAACUCCUGGUGAAGCAUCUCAAUUUCUCUUCAUACAAUUACUAG